AUGGCUAUCUUAGUUGAUGCAACCAUUCCAAAUAUUGUCACAGAUCAAUCUGCUCUUCUUACCUUAAAGAUUGGUAUUUCUCAUCCCGACCCUGAUCAUAACAUUCUAGCAAGCAAUUGGUCCACCAAUACAUCUGUUUGCAAUUGGAUUGGUGUCACUUGUGGUUCUAGACAUCACCGAGUCAUAGUCUUGAACCUUUCUUACAUGGGUUUUAUGGGUACCAUUCCUCCACAUAUAGGAAACCUUUCAUUUCUUGUUAGUCUAACACUGAGAAACAAUAAUUUUCAUGGCUCUGUGCCCAAUGAGUUGUCUCGUCUUUACCGGUUGAAAAACUUGGAUCUUGGAUUCAACAACUUCAGUGGAGAAAUCCCAUCAUCUUUGGGACUAUUAUCCAAACUUCAAAAUUUGUUUCUACUUGGCAAUAGAUUCACAGGUGCUAUCCCACAAUCCUUAUCGAAUAUGUCUUCCUUGGAAAUUAUUGAUUUGGCCUUCAAUGGGUUCUCGGGUUACAUACCUUCCUCCCUCUUCAACAUAUCUACCUUGCAAGCAAUUGAUCUUGGAGUUAAUAAGCUUUCGGGUCCGAUGCCUUCUAUUUUGUUUAAAAUGCCUUCGCUACAAUCGAUUGAUUUCUACUCCAACGAGCUCUCAGGGAUACUUCCGACGGAUACGUUUAAUCAUCUUCGCAACUUACAAAGGCUUCAACUUGCUUAUAACAGAUUUUAUGGCGGACUUCCAUCCACUUUGUUCAGCUGCAAACAACUGCGAUAUUUCUCGGUGUGGAGUAAUCAUUUAAACGGAAGAGUACCGCCGGCAAUCGGAAACUUAACCAUGCUUAUGACUUUGGAACUUGCCGAAAACAACUUUACUGGUGCAAUUCCGAAUGAAAUUGAUUAUCUACAAAACUUGAAGAAGCUCAAUAUCGGAGACAACCAUUUCUCUGGACCAAUUCCAUUUGAGAUUUUCAAUAUCUCAAAAUUACAAAUCCUUGGAAUGCCUUUGAAUAAUCUCACUGGUCCUCUCCCAUCAAAUCUAGGCCUUUUCCUUCCAAAACUUCAGCGGCUUCUGCUUGGGGGAAAUAAACUCAAUGGAGCAAUUCCCAGCUCCAUCUCCAAUGCAUCACAACUCACUCAUCUAGACUUGUCUGUGAACUCAUUCUAUGGCUUCAUUCCAAAUAUAAUUGGUAAUUUAGGUUUCCUCGAGUAUCUCAACUUAGAAAUCAAUAACUUGACUAUUGGAUCUCCAGAAAUGAAUAGCCUUUUUCUCUUCUUUGUCAAAUUGCAUAUAUUUGGAAAUACUAUCUUUUACAGAAAAUCCACUAAAUGCUAUCCUUCCCAAUUCCAUUGGAAAUCUCUCCACUUCUCUUCAAAAAAUUUUUUUGGGUGGUUGCAAUAUCAAGGGCAACAUUUUCCAAGAUAUUGGCAAUUUCAGCAGCUUGACAACUUUGGACUUAGGGAACAAUGA